AUGUGUGUCAUACAAUCACAUACGGAAAAAUGUAUACUUACACAUUUAAAUAAAAGUUGUGUAUUCAUUGUUUUCUUCAAUGGCUUUGGCUCAAAAGCAGCAUCAGCAAAUAAUUUUUAUUUGCUCUUAAGGGAAGAAGAUAGUUCCUGUUCACUACAAGUUGCUGUAACAGAUGGGCGUGGUUCUACAUUUGAUUUAAAAACCUUCCAUGCAACCAUUAAUGCUUCACCUGUUUUCGAAUUUUCGAGCUCAGUGACUAAAUACACUACAUUUUACUACAAAUCACUUUCCUCCGUUACUUGUGAAAUAGCUGCAGAAAAAAACAGCAUUUACAAUCCAACAAAAUGUCCAUUUUUCUCACUUCAAAGCGCAACGGGAGCAACUUUACUAGUUUGUUGUUUCUAUGGUUAUUUAAUCAGUUUUCAAAGCUGUUGGAGCAUUCAGUUUUGCACUUCUAACAAUUUAAUAAGUGAAAUGUUUACAAGCUCUUAUUCUUUGUCAUUGUCAAUAAUUCCUUUUUCUUCCAUUGAAAAUUUCUACCAGUUCUCGGAAACAUGUCUGCCUUCAAUUUCUUUAGUUAUGCGUUGUUUAAUUUGGCUAAUCAAAAAACUCACCUUUUAUACUACAUUUGGCCUCCCAUGA